UUAGUUUUUUUUUACUCGUCGCCAGUUGCCACUCGCCCGUCAAUCGGCGUUACGUUUCCGUAGGUCCCUCCACUCGUGGAGUGUGGACAGUGGUGCGGGCGGUGGCGGUGGUAGGUGGUGACUGGUGGUGCAAGUGUGCAACGAGUACCUAAACGACAACGCACGCGCGUCGAUGGAAUAUUUCACCGGCCACCGAUUGAACAUUUUACAAUUUAAAUUUUUUAUUAAUAUUAUAAAUUCUAACAGUAUAUUAUAUUAUACUCGCGCGCGCGCUUCGUCCCGCGAGUCGCGACACGUAAAUCGUAAUUACUGUUCACAUUUCACGCGAGCACGGGUGGAGCGUUGUUUUUUCAUUACACUCCUCGCGUCACAGUGCCACACGGCCUGCGAUCAGCAGAGAACAUCUGAACGCGGAACGACCUGGUUUAUGUUUCGCGCGCGUAUGGCUGUUCGGGAAUAUAUAUUUACUUAAAUAAUGUACUGCACAGUGCACACACAGCCGUAAUUUUAUAACAGACAACACUACAACAGUGUAUACUAUAUACCUAUAUAUACAUCGCGGUUAUCGCCAGUGUAUGUAUAUAUUAUAUAUGUGUGUAUACAUGAAAUAAUAAUAUCGGAUAUUAUUUAUAAACGCGCGCGCGUCAACCGACGACGUCGUCGUCGCCUGCGUUGCGUGCGCGCGCCAACUGAGUUGGAACGACGUCGACCGCCGCCGCCGUCGUCGAUAUCACCGCAACCGGCGCAACCACACACGACCGACUACCGAGCGGCGAUAGCCGCCUGCGCCGCCGUCAGUGCAUUGCCGUCCGCCGCAGUGCAGUUGUAAAAUGCCAUUCUGCCUGUUCGGUCGGCGUCGUCGUGUAUCCUACCGGAAAAUCAACAGCGCCGGCACGUUGUAGUGCCAGCCAGCGGUAAAAUGGCGACGCCGUCGUCGACGACGACCACCAGCAGCAGCAAUGCCACAGCCGCGGACAACGCACCAUUGACGGCAGCCGCCGCUUCUUCAGCUGCCGCCGCGGCUUCUAUCGUCUGGCCGAACACCCGCGACAGUUACGAACUCCGCGAAGUCAUUGGUGUUGGUGCUACAGCUACUGUUCAUUGUGCUUAUUGUAAGCCUCGUCAAGAGAAAUGUGCCAUUAAGAAAAUAAAUUUAGAAAAAUGGAAUACCAGCAUGGAUGAAUUAACAAAAGAAAUACAAGCUAUGUCAUGGUGCCAGCAUGAAAAUGUUGUAACGUAUCAUACUAGUUUUGUAGUUGGUGAUGAAUUAUGGUUAGUAUUACGUUUACUAGAAGGGGGUUCAUUGCUUGACAUACUUAAACAUAAAAUGCGCACAAGUGAUUGUCGUCAUGGUGUUCUUGAUGAAGCUACUAUUGCAACUGUUUUAAGAGAAGUUUUGAAGGGCUUGGAAUAUUUCCAUUCUAAUAGUCAAAUUCAUAGAGAUAUAAAGGCUGGAAAUAUUCUUCUGGGUGAAGAUGGAACGGUUCAAAUAGCUGAUUUUGGAGUGAGUGCAUGGUUAACGACUGGUUAUGAUACUAAUCGUCAGAAGGUUCGACACACAUUUGUUGGCACACCCUGCUGGAUGGCUCCGGAAGUCAUGGAACAGGUACACACGGACCACGGAUAUGACUUCAAAGCAGACAUUUGGUCAUUGGGAAUAACAGCCAUUGAGUUAGCUACUGGAACAGCACCAUAUCACAAGUAUCCACCAAUGAAGGUUCUUAUGUUGACACUUCAGAAUGAUCCACCUACAUUAGAUACUGGUGCUGACCAUAAAGAUCAAUACAAAGCUUAUGGCAAAACUUUUCGGAAACUUAUUACUGAUUGUUUGCAAAAGGAUCCUACUAAAAGGCCAACAGCUACUGAACUUCUCAAACAUCCAAUUUUUAAGAAAGCCAAAGAUAAAAAAUACCUUCAAUCAACUUUAAUUGCUAUUGGCCCUAGUUUAGAAACUAGAGUACAAAAGGCAUCAAAAAGACAACCGGGCACAUCUGGCAGAUUGCAUAGAACAAUAACUGGAGAGUGGACAUGGUCAUCUGAAGAAGAAUGUGAUGGGCAGUCAUCUGAUGAUGAGUGUCAAGAAAAACCAUUAAAUAAAUUAAUUGAGGUCCCUCAAUCAUCUGAUAGUGAACAUGAAAGUGGCGAUGAACACUUAAAUCUUGUUCUACGUAUGAGAAACUCCAAUCGUGAACUUAAUGAUAUUCGAUUCGAGUUCUUGUUGGGAAAUGAUACCCCUGAUGGUAUUUCUACUGAACUAGUGGGAGCUGGAUUGGUAGAUGGCAGAGAUGCUGAUGUAAUAGCUAUGAACUUACGUGUGCUGAUAGGUAAUCAAACUCGCGAUAGACCAGUUACUUUUGCUCUUGUAUCUGGCUGCAACAGUGAUGAAACACCAGAUGAGAAAAUGCUAGUUGGUUAUGCCCAGCUGUCUUAUGCAGAUUGAAAUCAUAGUUACCGAAUGACUUAUUCAUCUGUCGUGCCACUAAAAAUUUAACUCUGUAUGUCUUAAAUACAAUUUUGUAUGUAUAUAUAUAAAUAUAUAUAUAUAUUUUUUAAAUGAUAUAUUUAUUUAUUUUUGUAUAUAGAAUCUUAGUUCAGAUUUUGAAUAAAGAUAUAUAUAUAUAUAUGCUUUAGCAAUAACAUGCUUGUAUUUAGUGAAUUGUGUUCCAGUGUACCACAUUUUUUAUAGUCAUUACUUAAUUCCAAAUAAAUUUGUUUCAUUAUUA